GUUGGUGAGCUCGUUAUGUCCGGACGAGGCAAACAAGGAGGUAAGGCUCGCGCUAAGGCUAAGACCCGGUCUUCGCGGGCCGGGCUUCAGUUCCCCGUGGGCCGAGUGCACCGCCUGCUCCGCAAGGGUAACUACGCCGAGCGGGUCGGGGCCGGCGCGCCGGUGUACCUGGCGGCGGUGCUGGAGUACCUAACGGCCGAGAUCCUGGAGCUGGCAGGCAACGCGGCCCGCGACAACAAGAAGACGCGUAUCAUCCCGCGCCACUUGCAGUUGGCCAUCCGCAACGACGAGGAGCUCAACAAGCUGCUCGGCAAAGUCACCAUCGCGCAGGGCGGCGUCCUGCCCAACAUCCAGGCCGUGCUGCUGCCUAAGAAGACUGAGAGCCAUCAUAAGACCAAAUAAGUAACAAGAGCAUUCGCGGUUGCUGGUCUGAGGCUACGCCACAAGCCUGAGAUAUUCCCACAUUGAGAAGAAGAAAACCGAAAUACCACGAGGCAUAUACUUCAAGAGGAAUCGAAUCAGCGACCUUGACAUUAUAAAAACAAUAAAUACCCUAACCAAGUGAGCAACUUGCCAUGAAGAGGAAUGAUGUUUUUACAUUUCAGAAGUAUAAACUAUAUCAAAGCAUUAUUGCCUGAAGUUUUUUCCAGAAUGAUGCAAGACAUUUUCUCAUUCUCCCAGUUUCCUCUUCCCCUAAAUACAUCCACCUUACCUCAUUCAAUUUUCUUUAAAAGCUCUCCAUCCUGACUCUGGUACUUUAUUUCUUUAAAAAGAAAUACACACAAUCAAAUCGUUCAGUGGUAGUGAUAUUAGGACUGUCUGUAAUUGUUUGUACGGGUGCAAUUUCCACCGGUCAUGUGGCCUAUACGUAGGACGGGGACGAGAAAAUGAAUGUGAAGGGUAUUGGCCCGUACGGGGAUCGAACCCGCGACCUUGGCGUUAUUAGCACUACGCUCUAGCCAACUGAGCUAACCGGCCG